AUGUUCAUUAUCGUCUUUACUUGUUCAUCAUCUUCUUUACUUGUUCAUUAUCUUCUUUAUUUGUUCAUUAUCUUCUUUACAUGUUCAUUAUCUUCUUUAUUUAUUCAUUAUCCUCUUUACAUCUUUAUUAUCUUCUUUACUUGUUCAUUAUCUUCUUUAUUUGUGCAUUAUCUUCUUUACUUAUUCAUUAUCUUCUUUACUUGUUCAUUAUCUUCUUUACUUAUUCAUUAUCUUCUUUAUUUGUGCAUUAUCUUCUUUACAUGUUCAUUAUCUUCUUUACAUGUUCAUUAUCGUCUUUACUUGUUCAUUAUCUUCUUUAUUUGUGUAUUAUCUUCUUUAUUUGUUCAUUAUCUUCUUUACAUAUUCAUUAUCCUCUUUACAUCUUUAUUAUCUUCUUUACUUGUUCAUUAUCUUCUUUAUUUGUUCAUUAUCUUCUUUACAUGUUCAUUAUCUUCUUUACAUAUUCAUUAUCCUCUUUACAUCUUUAUUAUCUUCUUUAUUUGUUCAUUAUCUUCUUUACAUGUUUAUUAUCUUCUUUAUUUGUUCAUUAUCUUCUUUACAUGUUCAUUAUCGUCUUUACUUGUUCAUUAUCAUCUUUACUUGUUCAUUAUCUUCUUUAUUUAUUCAUUAUCUUCUUUACAUAUUCAUUAUCCUCUUUACAUCUUUAUUAUCUUCUUUAUUUGUUCAUUAUCUUCUUUACUUGUUCAUUAUCUUCUUUAUUUGUGCAUUAUCUUCUUUACAUAUUCAUUAUCUUCUUUACAUAUUCAUUAUCUUCUUUAUUUAUUCAUUAUCUUCUUUACAUGUUCAUUAUCGUCUUUACUUGUUCAUUAUCUUCUUUAUUUGUUCAUUAUCUUCUUUAUUUGUUCAUUAUCCUCUUUACAUCUUUAUUAUCUUCUUUAUUUGUUCAUUAUCUUCUUUACUUGUUCAUUAUCUUCUUUAUUUAUUCAUUAUCUUCUUUACAUAUUCAUUAUCCUCUUUACAUCUUUAUUAUCUUCUUUACUUGUUCAUUAUCUUCUUUAUUUGUGCAUUAUCUUCUUUACAUAUUCAUUAUCCUCUUUACAUCUUUAUUAUCUUCUUUACUUGUUCAUUAUCUUCUUUAUUUAUUCAUUAUCUUCUUUACAUAUUCAUUAUCUUCUUUAUUUGUUCAUUAUCUUCUUUACAUGUUCAUUAUCAUCUUUACAUGUUCAUUAUCCUCUUUACAUCUUUAUUAUCUUCUUUACUUGUUCAUUAUCUUCUUUAUUUAUUCAUUAUCCUCUUUACAUCUUUAUUAUCUUCUUUACUUGUUCAUUAUCUUCUUUAUUUGUGCAUUAUCUUCUUUAUUUGUUCAUUAUCCUCUUUACUUGUUCAUUAUCUUCUUUACAUAUUCAUUAUCCUCUUUACAUCUUUAUUAUCUUCUUUACUUGUUCAUUAUCUUCUUUACUUGUUCAUUAUCUUCUUUAUUUGUUCAUUAUC